AUGAUACCGGCCUUAGUAUCCCUUAAAAAAUCCGGAACUGGUAAAAAUAAUAAAUUAAAUGAUUGUAUGCGAUGUGUGAUUUUAAAAGAUUCAGUCAACAACUGGUUGGAAAAAACCUCUAGAAGCAAUCAUGAAGGCGGAGAUGUUGCUUGGGAGGAGGCAAAAUUAAAAUCGUACGCACGAAGUGAGAUGCGUUUAGUAGAAAUUCAAGAGAAACUAUGUUCAGAAGUAACAAAUCACCAAGAUCAGUGUUACAUCCUUGCUGAAGAAGCGGAACAGUUGUUGGAACAGUGGUGGUUUGAAAAAGACCGUGACGCACUGGACUUGUAUACUUGGUUGUGUAUAAAUCAUUUAAAGAUUUGUUGCCCGUCAGGUCACUUUGGUGUUAACUGUGAGCCUUGCCCAUUAGAUAAGAAUAAUAAGAUAUGCGGCGGCAACGGCGAAUGUAGUGGUGACGGAACCCGCAAAGGUAAUGGUACAUGCAUUUGUAACAAAGGAUUUGCAGGUAGUAAUUGUGAUGAGUGCUCCAAAAAUUAUUUCCAAAUCGAAUCUUCAUGUAAACCAUGCCAUCCUGCAUGCAAAGAGUGUCAUAGAUUUGGUAAUGAUGCUUGUGUAGACUGUGCUACAGAGAAGGUUCAUUUAAGUGUACAGCUUGUGAUAAAACAUGUGACACUUGUCUCGGACCAGGAUCAAAAAACUGUUCAUCUUGUAAAACCAAUAACCAACUAUGGCUUGGCCGAUGUAUGA